GCCUGAUUCCUUUCAGAAGCUGCCGAGACUCUCUCAGGACGGGUCAUCGAUUUGGAGCUGCAGAGGCUCAGGUGCGGCUUGGCAGCGGAAGACCUUGCACCUCCGUGGUGAUCUGCGAAGUGAUCUGGUGCCUUUGGACCGCUUCGCCACUGCAAGGAUUGGUGGAUCCUGGGCCCCAGAAUGUGAGGUUGUGAGACUCCACCAGAGCUCUGCAGAUGCUCUAGGCAUGACCGCUCAGGCGCCCUUCAGCUGCUUACGGCUCGCGGAUCAGCUCCCGCAGGGCGUGGUGACCGUGGAGCUGAAACCCGGCAACGGCUUACUGGAGCUCUAUGGGCAGCCAGGGCUCUACCAUAUGCAAGAUGAGUCCCUGCUGCGGUCGGCGGAGAUGGCGAAAGGGGGCAGUUACAGCGCGGUGGACAUCUUCUCGGGUCGUCGAGAGCGUGUGCUGCGAGCACUGGAAGCGUUGAAUGCGCAGGGGAAGUGUGGAGAUGCCGAGUUGCAGGUGCUGGUGGAUGAACGUCCUGCCACCAUGGCUGAAGCCGCAGAGCUCUUGCAGGUGACAGGCGCCACUGCCUCCGCGCCGACGGCCGCGCCGGCGGCCGCGCCGGUGCUGGCAAUCAUUGCACAGCUGUUGGAUGGCCGCUCGGGGCAGGAGGCUUUCAGCGGACUUCUCCCCUGUCUUCUGCGUGCCCAAUGUGCGGCUGGUCCAGCGCUUCAUUCCAGCUGUUCACAACUCAACGAGACGUUGAAAUCGAAAGAUGGCGCCUGGAAAGUGUCAGUGGAGGAUAUGGAAAAUGCCAUGAAGCGUGGGUAUUGGUCUUUACCGCCUGACCAGAGUGGUUUGCAUUUAAGGGAGCGGGAGGCCGAGCGUUUGUUGGAUCGCGCCAAACGAGAGUUGUGGCAGGAAGGAAGCGCUUCGCGCUUGGAGCUCGAGAAACAAAUUCGGAGGUUCCUAUGCUUAAACCUUCUGGGCGACGCGGCCUGUCAUGCGCGCCUGAGGUUUAGCUUCGCACGUCCCAAAACGCCAUUGGAGCAGGAGUCUCUGGCGGAGCUCCAUUUCCUGCAGCUGCAGACUGCGCCCGAGAUUUGGUGCCGCCUGGAACUGGCGCCGUUGCAGUUGAAGUCGCUAUAA